AUGCUAAAUGAGGUGUUCAGUGUCGUAGUAUACAGUGCCAGCUUCAUCAGCCUAGUUCUGAUAGAUUAUCUCUUGGGAAAUGGUUUCGUGGAUAUGUUUCAACGGCUGGCCUGCAAAAUCAUUUGCUUUAUCGGUCGAGAGAUACGCAAACAGGAGAAAUUGGAUUUGUCAGAAAAUGAUAGCGUUAUUAGUCUACCGUUUCUUUUGACUGAGAUCGCCUUACUGGUUUUAUCAAUAGCUUUCCUAAAAAAAUACAAGCAAAUGCGAUUUGGUGAUAAAAUUGACGAGCUUCUGAAGGAAAGUCGGGAGGCGCUGAGGGAGACAAAUGAAUUUCUCGAAAAAUGGAGAUUAAGAAGGCUCAAUUGGCAAACGGCUUCUGACUACACCUAUUUGGAUGACGAGCCACAGGAAAUUAAACCGUAUAAAUUAGAAGUUCCAAUUCUGCAUAUGGCUAUAAUAGACACUGUCGGUACUAUGAGAAGUCAGCCAGAAAGAGGUGACGCUGGAGACACGAUCAACAUAACAGAUUCCACUCUCCUGUCGGUUACUUCAUUGCUCGAUGACGAUAUCGAAUCGAUAGUUGCGCCGGCGAGCGAUGAACAUAUCGAUGAAUCGAUGGAGAAAUCGAUUGCGGAGUUCAAGGAUCGAUACUUGUGGGACGUAGUUGAAGAAGACGAGUGA